UCAGCGAGGAACCGUACUAUACCAAAAUGCCCGUGUCCUGCAGCCAUCAUGAGUGCUGUGUUCCCGUCAUUGUCGUUGGCAUGUAUAUCAGCGUCAUAUUCCUCCGCGAGGCACCGUACGAUGUCCUCGUGGCCGUUUUUGGCAGCCCUCAUCAACGCUGUGCAUCCACGAUUGUCCUUUGCGUUCGACGCCGUGCAUCCACUGUCGUCCUUGACAUGCAAAACCGCGUCAUGUUCGGCGAGGAACCGCACGAUGUCAAUGCAGCCGCUUUCAGCAGCCUUUAUUACUGCUGUGCAUCCGUCCCUUGCUUCGGCAUUCACGUCAGCCCCAUGCUCAUCAACAAACAACCGCACGAUCACUGUGCGCCCGUACUUGUCGGUGGUAUUCACGUCAGCUCCGUGUCGAUCAGCCAGGAAGCGCACGAUGUCCUCGUGGCCGUUCCCGGCGGCUCUGGCCAGCGCUGUGUUUCCACAGUUGUCCUCAACGUUCACGUCAGCGCCACCUUCAUCACAGAGAAACUGGACGACGUCCAUGUGGCCGUUUUCAGCCGCCCUGAUCAGCGCCGUGCCUCCGUCAUCGUCCUUUGCGUUCGCGUCAGUGCCAUAUUCAUCAAGGAGGAACCGCAUGAUGCCCACGCAGCCAUUUCCGGCGGCACUGACCAGCGCCGCACAGUCACGGCCGUCCUUGGAAUGA